AUGCACACGGAAGAAUGGAGCAGGGAACCACUUCCGGUCCUCACGCGCCUCCAUACUGAGCAGGUGGCGCUAUGCGACUUUCCCGCUGCGGCUCCUCUCUGCCUCUGCUUGAGACAAGAGAGGAAGGAGUAGGAGGAGGUGGUUGUGGUGAGGGCUGGCGAUAAAGAAGGAGGAGAAGCGGCGGCGCAGCGAUGAUGUCCGACUCCGUGGUGACCUUCCAGAAGCAGCUCGCCUCCAUCCUUGAGGCUCUGGUGCGGAACGCCGUGUGCGAGAUCACGCGCCUGUACGAGAGCAGCUUCGCGGACCUGCAGUCUGUGCUCGCGCAGAGCGAGCGCGAGAAGGCGAGUCUCAGAGCGAGGCUGGAGCAGGCGGAGCGGCGCGCGCCAGAAGCCCAGAAGAAUGAUGGACACAUGGAAACAGUUGUCAAAGAAGAGGACUCUGAGGGUGAUGUGAAGAUGGACAUGUUCUGCGCUGUUUGUGGAAAAGCUGCCGAAUGCGAGCCGCCAUUCUGUGAAACGUGCAGGAAGACAGUGCAGUUCCCCUCCCAGACACCAGAGAGCAGCAGUACUCUUGCCAUGGUGCUGUCAAAAGAGGAUGCUCCAGGAGGGAACAGUUUUGACUUGCCAAAGAGUUUGUACCUGAAUGUGACUGAGGGAGAUACAGAGGAGUUCCCCUGCCUGUUGGAAUCCAAAAAUGUCUCAUCUUUGAAUGAAGAACCCCGUGCCAAAAGCCCAGUGGCCCCUGAGGCUCCUGCGGUGCCUUCAGUUCGCCGAGGUCGCCCCUCCUGCGGGGAGAGGCUCUCUUCAGCUAAAAGAGCGCGGCCUUCCCCUGAAGUCGACAGUACGUGUGACAGUAUGGCUGUAGAGGCCAAAGAGCUUGUGCAGGCAGUUCUGUCCAGGAGACCUGGUGGGGAGCGGGUCCUGGAGGAGUACCGAGCCAAGGGAACGCUGACAGACACCACUAGACGGCACCUCAUCAACAUACUCGUUGCCCACAUGACAGAGACUCAGGGAACGACUCCGCCUAAAAAUGUGCGUGAGCUCUAUGCUUUGGGAAUUAUUACGCUCUUUCCCUCCCUCAAGGAUCCCUUCUCUGAAAAGGGCUAUGAGCACUUCUACGAUGGCCAGAGUGGGACAGGCUACCUGGCAUGGCGUCUGAAAACGGUGCAGCGCAAGAGUGUCCCGCGGAGCAGGGGCCUCCAGAAGAGUUCGGUGAGUCGAGGCCCGGAUUUUGAGAGACAGACCCAGCUAAGCGCACAGCUGCAAGGGGAGAGCUGUGAGCAGGCUGUGUCUGACCUGGCCGACUGCACCGAUCGCGAGCAAGUCUUCCUCAAGAUGCGUGAGACCUUCCAUUACCGGCGCCAGCUGGUCCACGACCCACAGAGGAACAGUACUGUCCUGUCCACCUUUCCCAGGCUGCUGGACACCAAGGGCCUGGUGAAUCAGGACUUCACCCUGCUGUUUGGCCUGGAAACAUCCUGCAAGCUGCUGGAGACAUGGGACAGCUGUUUCAAGGCCAAGGUCAUUAAGGAGGCUAAGUCGCUUACGCAGUCGGCAGACCUGUAUGGCCUGCUGAAGUGUGCGGAGUAUGAACCCAAUGAAGAUGAAGACCCCCCAGGAGGCCUUGGGUGGGACAGUGACAUGGCCUCAGUCUUGCUGCUGGUGCAUCUUCUACCCCCACCCCCAGGAGGAAGAAAGGCAGCCAAAAUAAGUGUUCGGGAAGCACUAGAUCGCUUGGUCCAAUUUCACAAGUCGAAUUCCAGGCCAGAGCUGCCUCCCAGCAUGACGAAUCAGCGGCAGCCCUACUUGGUAGCCGUGGGACGGAGGAGAGACCAGAUCCAGAGCUUCUACAUUGCUCUGGAUGGAAACCUACUGCCCUGCCAGGCCAGCUGCUCCUUGGGGGCCUUCGACGAGCUCUUUAAAACACACUUUGUGUUUGGCCUGUCCUAUGACGAGGCCCUGAGCAGCGUGUACACCUUCCUGCAGACUACAGUUUACCACAUAGAUGUGGGCAGUGUGAAGGAGAGCCCUCGCGUGAAGGAGCUGCGGGCUAGACUGCUGAACAACUGCUGAUGACUGUGGCGGGCUGGCUCCACUUGUUUUCCCACUUGCCUGCCUUCCUGUGGACCUGGUACUCGCCAGCUCGUUCUGUUCAUUAGGUCGGUGUGUUUUUGACACGGUGUAGUGCAUUCUUCCCAAAGACCACUACAUCUCUUUAGACACAAGUUGAUGUAUUUUUCCCAACUUCUUAAAAAGGAGGCAGUUAUUUUCAUCUGCUGUUAGACUUGUGAUCCCCUCUCUGACUACUGGGAGUGCUGUUGCACUCGCUCGUUCUCGUCAGGCGUUGCUCUCUGGUGCUGCCACUCAUAUGGAAGGUAAGAAAAAUGCUAAGUGUUAACAAGCUACUGCAGCAUGCAUCCCAUGGAGAGCUGCAGAGAAGGUCAGUGCUCUGUGUGUCUAGUGGAAGAAAAUGAACACAACUUCUAUAUCCAGCAUAUGCGCCAUGGAUUCUCAAACGGGCCAGAUACAGAUUUCAGAGCAGUCACACUCUUUGGAAAUGCUAGGACCCUCCCUGCGAGUUCUGGCCUUUUGCCAAAAAAUUGGUGUAAUGGGAAAGAAUAUACUGAACCAACUCUGCAACGUAAGGAGAAUCCUUGGAGAAGGAUGUCAUAGAGGAAUAAAAGCUGGAAUUAAGAGAGGUGUGUGUCAUUUCGGUUGCUGUGCUUACCAGUUUAAAGAAACAGUUGUGCUCUGAGCUUCGUCCUGUAUUUUCCCCCUAACAAAAGGACAACAGACAUAAGCCCUCACCAAGUAAACAAGUAAUUAUCUUAAAAUACAGUGAAUUUUUUCCACACUUUGGUCUAAUAAGAGAAUGCUGAUGGGUCAUAGAGUAUAUGGGCAAUGACCUGAAGUGUCAAAAUGCUGUCUUGAAAAAUAUAUUUUCUAUAAUAAAUACAUGGAGCAUUUUAUAACUUGCCCUACUCAACCACAAGCGAGUGUAGUUUUCCUAGCUUCAUAAAUCCCUGGGAGGCUAAAUUUAUUAAAAUGGUUUGUGAGGUGUCAGUGCAGUAUCUCUUGAGGUGACUUGGUCAGGUCCACAGAAAAGGAGAGGCAAAUACUAGUGGUGAGACUUUAACACAAUCUUUCUUCAAAUUGACAAAAUGUAAUUACAGUUAGGGAAACACUGAGUUUAAUUGAAUUUGAAUAAUUCAGAAUUUUUUUUUUUUUUGAUGUACACAAGUAACUGUCAUAUCAGUUGGAUUUGGGUCUAGUCUCAGUGGUCUGAUUUCAACAUGACCUGCUUUGUUUCCUGAUGAAACAUCCUUGAAAUGAGUGCCCCUUAAGAGGCCAAUCUGACAGGAAGUGUUCGUCUCUUCCCCCCCAUCAAAGCUGAGGUCAUCUGUCAAAUGGAGAAAAUGUGGUCAGAGCAGGGAAUGGCGGUACGAAUGUGUAUGUAGCAGCACUGACUGACAUGUGAGCUGAAGUUUUGAAGCUUUUCUGUGUCUAGUAAAGCGCAAUGACUUUUGCUUCAGUGUGACUGAUCGCAUGUGAGGUUUACCUCACUUCUCGUGUGUGUGUGUGUGUGUGUGUGUGUGUAAGGUUGCCGUAUGUAACGUGUGCUUUUGAUACGUUGUGCUGGAAUGUGCAGAAGGUUCAUGUUUUUGUAAAUAUGUUAGUGCUUCCAGUGUGUGUAGAGCUGGGCUUGAAGUACAUUCUGAAUGGAUCCUUUUUUUAGCUGCUGCUUUGGUCAAAUACCAACUGUUGUUCAGCUGAGUGUCUGUCAGAGAGAAAAAACCCCUAAAAGUCAGAGGAACAAUAGUGAAUGACUUUUUUCAAUGGACACUGAUUAGCAUUCAGCUGUAACAUUUUACAUUGUACAUGUAAAUUUUGUAAAGUUGCACAUUGCUAUUUAUAUACAGUUUACAUUUUAUUUAAAUGUCAAGGUCAUACCUGGGGAUUCCAUUACUUUACACACAACUUUAGGUUUCUAACCUUGCUACAGUUAUUAAUACAGUUUUGUUCCAAAGAGUGUGGUAACUGCAAGUUGUGUUGUAAUUAUAGGUGACGAUCUGUGUUAAGAAUUUUAACAACAAGCAAUAAUCUUCUUAGUGCAAGAUCUUUGUAUGUCAGCUUUAAAAAUAGUUAAUUAAACUUUUUAUGCUUAUUUGGCAUUUAUUCCUUGAUGCAAUACAUGAUUUUGGUGAUGUAAAUAUCGGUGGUACUAGUAUACAAAAUUUUUACAAACCUGCUGCAUUUCCAGGGUUAAUUUUUAAGACUGCCAGUGUGGGAAAAGUGGAAACAAAAUAUGAAACUGAGGAACUUUGGGGGUUGUCUGCACAAAAAUUAAUGUAAUUACACUUUUAAGUACAUUGAGUAUCAAUAAGAUAAAUAUUAAGGAUGGAACGGAGGAUGUUGGGCUUUUAUGUCAUCUGGUUGACAGGAAUGUGAAGGAUUCAUGUAGCCUUGCUCCCAUGCAGGUCUUGGGAGGCAAUGUGAUUUUUGGUGCAGAGCACUAAGCACUGGUGAAACGAUAGAUGUAUCUCAUAAACAACUGGUGAGUAGCUGUGUGUGUGUGUGUGUGUGUGAUAUAGCUAUAGGGAAAAAAGUAGGAGUAAAUCAAGAUUUCAAACCAAAGGGUUGCUCUUGUCUGUUCUGUUACCUUGAAAGAUCUGCAGCUGUCCCUUCAUACAGUGAGAAUUUUAAAGUCCUUUAGAAAUUAUAUUUCAUUCAGGUCUAAAACAUAAAAUAUUGCAAUAUAUCACUGUGCCUCAGAUGUCAUUGUAAACUUGCCAAAUAAAAUUGUAAUUUGAAUUCGUAGAUUUCCCUUGUUUUGAUAUACAAACACAUCACAACAGUAG